AUGAAUUCUCGGACAUUUCUGAAUAAACCUAAUCCAUUAAUCCGAGUCUUUGCAGCACAAAGUCUCAACCAACAACGUUUGAUCUUCACCAAAUCAAAUAAAACGUCAUCGGAUUCAGCAUGGGCUUCAACAUCUGGGUCUACCAGUAGCUAUAAUCACAGUAAUAAUCAAAAGGGUAGCUCGGCCUCAGUUCUUGAAUCAGUUCUGAGAUCAUUGUUUUCGGGGGCAGUCGUCGUUGCCUCGAGUUUAGGCCUUUGUUACUGUUAUGCCUUUUCUGGUAGGCAUUCGCAGCUCUCUUAUGCUGAUUGUGGAAGGGGCCCGGCAGAUACAGAAAGUGAAAGCCAGCCUAAUUUCUUAUUUAAAGGUACAAGAGAAUGCUGGGAUAUUUUGCCCCUUGUUUCAUGGUUGCCUUCAAUUUUCAUGUCUAAUAGUCAUCUUGAUGUUUCAGAUACAUACAGGAGAAAGGUUUUCUUCAACUAUGAGAAACGCCUGAGGUUGCAGAGUCCUCCUGAGAAGGUGUUUGAUUACUUUGCAUCUUUCCGAUCCCCUUCUGGCGAGGUAUUUAUGACACCAGCAGAUUUGAUGCGAGCAGUUGUUCCUGUAUUUCCUCCAUCCGGGGCAACUGGUGUUCGUGGAGGAUAUCUGAAAGGAGAGAAGAGUCCUGGCGAGUUAAAUUGUGCACCUUCAGAAUUUUUUAUGCUUUUUGAUACCAAUAAUGAUGGACUUAUAUCGUUUGCAGAGUAUAUUUUUUUCGUUACACUACUCAGCAUACCAGAAUCAAGUUUUUCGGUGGCAUUCAAAAUGUUUGACCUUGACAACGAUGGAGGAAUAGACAGAGAGGAAUUUAAGAAAGUGAUGGCCCUGAUGCGGAUGCAUAACAGGCAAGGUGCUCACCACAGAGAUGGGAUGAGAACUGGAUUGAAGGUUUCAAGUUCUGUAGAGGACGGAGGACUCCUAGAGUACUUUUUUGGCAAGGAUGGUGAAGGUCGCCUUGGACGUGAAAAAUUUGUUCAAUUCUUAAGAGAUCUGCAUAAUGACAUUCUGCGGCUAGAGUUUGCCCAUUACGACUGGAAAUCACAGGGAACCAUAUCUGCUAAAGAUUUUGCACUGUCCAUGGUUGCAUCUGCUGACAUAAAUCAUAUCAACAAGUUUCUUGAUCGUGUUGAUGAAUUAAACAAAGAACCAAAUCUCAAAGACGUGUGCAUCACAUUUGAAGAAUUCAAGAAUUUUGCUGAACUUCGGAAACGGCUCCGCCCAUUCUCUCUGGCUAUCUUCAGUUAUGGAAAAGUCAAUGGGUUACUAACAAAGCAAGAUUUUCAAAGAGCUGCUACUCAAGUUUGUGGCAUCUCCAUCUCUGACAAUCUUGUUGAUCUCGUAUUUUAUAUAUUCGACACGAAUCGUGAUGGGAAUCUAAGCUCAGACGAGUUUCUGAGGGUUCUUCAGAGACGGGAGUCGAACGCCUCACAGCCCAGGGGAGCAGGCGAUAAGGGAACAUUUUCUCAUCGUCAGCUCUUUCUUGCCCGACUUAGAACUACCACUCACAUUAGGAGGACACUAGCUUGUCGGAAUGCCCAUUCCAUUAACUAUAUCAUUUGCACCAGCAAGCAAGCUCUUAUAAUGCAAAGGGAAGUGGAAAACAUCAAAGUCAGCCAAGCCCCAAUUGUCAUCUUAGAGAGAUGCAAAACCAUAGGCCUGCCAGCUAGGAUUCAGUACCGAUCGUUCAUGAUGAUUAGCCUCAGGGUCCCUAUUCUGAUGUCGUAA